AUGGCCAUGGAGCCCUGCCCUGAAGAACAGUAUUGGGAUCCCCUGCUGAACGUCUGCCUCUCCUGCAAACCCAUUUGCAGCCAUCAGAUUCCACGCACCUGCUCAGCAUUCUGCAAGGCACUCAGUUGCCGCAAAGAGCAAGGCAGGUACUAUGAUCAGCUCCUGAGGGAUUGCAUCAGCUGUGCCUCCAUCUGUGGACGUCACCCCAAGCAAUGCACAUACUUCUGUGAGAACAAGUUCAGGAGCCAUGUGAACCUCCCACCAGAGCUCAGGAGACAGCGGGCUGGGGAAGCUGAAACCAGGUCAGAUGACUUGGGAAGGUACCAGGGAACAGAGCACAGAGGCUCGGAGACAGGGCCUCACGUCUGUUUUGGGGCGCCCCCAGGGCUGAAGCUGAGUGCCGACCAGUUGGCCCUGGUCUACAGCACGCUGGGCCUCUGUCUCUGCGCAAUCAUCUGCUGCUUCCUCCUGGCCGUGGCCUGCUUCCUCAAGAGGAGAGGGGACCAAUUCUCCUGCCAGCCCUCAGCAGCACCAUGUGGGGCCCAGGCCAAGGCUUCCAAGGAUCACUGCAUGGAAGCCGGAAGCGCCGCGGGCACGCCGCCGGAGCCGGUGGAGACCUGCAGCUUCUGCUUCCCAGAGCGCAGGCAGCCCACCCAGGAGAGCGCGCGCGCGCCCGGGACCCCCGACGCCGCGCCCUUGGGAAGGUGGGGGCGCCUCGGCCCGACGGCGACCGCACAGCCCUGCGCCCGCACCCCCGACGGCGGCCUUGAGGUCCUGUGCGCGCCCUCCGAGGAGGGAGGCCCCGCCGCGUGA